UGCAGACCGACGCCCAGAACGCCCCGCGGCCCCGCGGACGCCCCCUUGACGAGAUGCCCCAGCCGCGGGGGCCCCGCACCAUGGGCAUGCCACUGCCGCUGUUCGAGGGGGGCCACAGCAAACUGCACCUGUACGUCGACGAGCAGCACCGGGACCUGGGCGACGUGUUCCAGGACCAAAUCGCCCCCGACUCCGAAAGCAUCGUCUUCGUGGCCGACCCUGUCGAGAUGCGGCGCACCUUCGGCCUGGAAGGGAAGUACCCGCUGCACCUGGUGCCCGAGUCCUGGACGGUGUACAACAAGGCCUACGGCUGCCAGAGGGGACUCUUUUUCAUGGAUGGUGAAGAAUGGCUUAACAUGAGACGUGUCAUGAAUAGACUCAUGUUAAAACCUGAGGCAAAUAUUUUUUCAGCACCAUGUCAGCACGUUGCUAAUGCUCUAGUCUCUCAAUGGCAGCAUGAAAAUACAACAGAAAUUCAAAAUCUUGAAGAACAGCUGUAUAAGUGGUCAUUAGAUACUGUUGUUGCUGUCAUGAUUGGAACAAACUAUGAAGCCCAUGCAGGCAAAUGGAAUGGUAUUAUAAGCCAGCUAGCAUCUGACAUACACUCAAUAUUUUUAGAGAGUGCAGAAAUGUCUUCUAUGUCUGCAAAAGUUGCCAGAGAUGAAGACAAGCCUGUUUGGAGGCGUUUCAAGAAAUCGGUUGAUGUCAGUUUAUCUACAGCUCGUUCUCUUUUGAGAGAGAUGAUUUCUGUCUGCUCUGCUUCACCCAGUGGGUUGCUCUCAGAUAUGCAGGAUGCUGAAUUGUCUGAAGAAGAAAUAAUGAAAGUAGUCGUAGACUUGAUACUGGCAGCUGGGGAUACAACAGCAAUGUCCUUGCAAUGGACUUUAUUCCUUCUAGCAAAAAAUCCAGAUGUUCAGGAGAGUAUUAGUGCUAAAAUUCGCAACAAGACUGAUACUCUGCAUCCUGCACUGCUUCGAGGAGUAGUUCGAGAGGCAUUGCGCCUUUACCCUGUGGCACCCUUCCUCAUUCGAAUAGUGCCAGAACAAUGUGUUAUUGGAGGAUAUGAGCUUCCUCCGAAUAAACUCGUUUUCCUAUCACUUUAUACAAGUGGGAGGGAUCCGAAAAACUUCCCUGAGCCAGAAAAAUUCUGGCCAGAGCGCUGGCUGCGUGAAAUUUCUAAUGACAACGAAAAUUCAAGUGGGGCAUACAUAGCAGUCAAGAAUUCAUAUGCUUCAAUGCCUUUCGCAAUGGGUGCUCGGUCAUGUAUUGGAAGAAAGUUAGCGGAGACACAAAUGAUAACAACUUUAGCCAGUAUAUUGAAACAAUUCAAACUAGAACUUCUGAAUGCAAAUGACAUAGAAAUGGUGAUGAGAAUGGUUGCCGUUCCUUCAGAGCCAAUCCGAUUACGUCUAAAACAUCACCAGUGAUGAAGAACAGUUCGAAAGAAGUUCAGCCUUUUACCUGAAGUUUUAGAAUAAUUUUAAUGUUUGCGCCAUAAUUGUGAGUUUUUUAAAAAUGCCGCGUUUUUAAUUAAUAGUUCUAAUUUUUUACAAAAAUAAAUAGGGAAUGCAUGUAAA